AGGCUGCCGUUCCGCAGCGGCCCCGCGUCUAGACCAAGGUACGCGGUUCACUCCAGACUCCGCGGGAGCACAGGCGAGCCGCUGCUCCCACCUACCCCCAAGCCCACCAGGUGCGUUGAUCGUCGCCCUCCUGUAACCCAUCAGCCGUGUCCAGUCACCUAGGUUGUCAGGGACAAAGAGAAGGGAGGACAACCCGAGCCAGCCCGAAGAACGUACACGUAAGCCCCCUGCGGACCCUCGGAUUGCCCCGGGGGAAGACCUUUGCGUCCGGCUAGCUAGCAGGUAGCUAUAGCCCAGAGCCCCAAACCCGGAGUCUGGACUCUAACCCUGAGGGUGGCCUUUGAGAGUGGGAUUGACCUAGCCAGUGUUCAGCAGCCCACCCCUUUCUAGGGCUCCCUCCCGCCUAAGAUUAGCCUCUGCUGGGCAGCGGCCAUGACUAUGAACCUUCUGCAAGAUUGGUGUAAGGAGCUGGAAGUGGAGGUGCACCGGGCCCUCCUGAUCACGGGCAUCCCUGAGCGUCUGCAGCAGGCGGACAUCGAAGCUACUCUGAGGCCGAACUUGCAGCCCCUGGGCAACUACAGGCUUCGGACUGUGAGAUCUGUGACCAAGGAGAAGGCUCAGGCUGCCCUUGUAGAAUUUGGGGCAGACUUCGAUCACUCUGCCAUUCCUAUCCACAUUAGGGGAGAGAAUGGGAUCUGGAAAAUCCUGAGUAAGGACCGAGGGCAAGAUGCGAGGGUCCUUAGGCAGAUGAGGCGCCUGUUGCUGGAUGAAAGGCCUAUGGAUGACUUCAGAGAAAUAGCCAUCCCUCUGGUAUUGGAGGCCCAGGCCCAGGCCAAGGGAUUAGGGAAGGAGGCCAAGAAGUCUGGCUCCUCUGAAGGGGCAGCUAGGAGCGGCCGUCGGGGCCGUCGGGGAGGCAAGCGCCGAUCCAGAAGCCACAAGUUGACAGCUCAGAAGGGCCAGAAGAGGAGCCGGGGAGGGCGCCGAGCCAGGAGUGAGUCGGAAGACUCUUCUGAUGACAGCUUGGGUAUCGUCAUUGAGGAGAUCUACGCAGAGGACCUGAGCGUAGAUGAAGACCAGAGGGCCCUGUACGCCACGCUCCAAGCAGCUGCCAAAGAGCUCACUAAGAAGUGGGCCUUUCGGGGUGACCAGGACGAAGGAAAUGGCCCCCGAGAGUUUUUGGCACUUGUCACUGUCACCGACAAAGCUAAGAAGGAAGAGAUAGAGAAAGAUCUUCCUGGGACAGAGUCUAUCUGCUUAAACAUCAAAGACGAAAAGAGCGGGGUCCCUGAUUUAGUUGCGCUACUGGCAGUGAGAGAUACCCCCGCAGUGGAGGUAGAUACGGAGGUGGAGGAUGAUGACGACGAAGAUGACGAAGAUGACGAUGAUGAUGAAGAAGAUGAUGACGACGAAGAUGACGACGAUGAUGAUUCCGACAGCGAGUCUCUGGAAAAUGGAGAGCAAGGAAAGGAAGUAAUGGAUAGCCCCGAGUUCGUGGCUAUCGUUGCUUAUACAGACCCUGCUGAUCCCUCUGCCAGAGAGGAAAUGCUGAAAAUCGCUUCUGUGAUUGAGACCCUUGGCUGGGGCGAUAAGAAAGACAAAAAAGAUGUCCUUCCUCAAGUCCUGUCCGUCAUGGCCAAGGACACCUCUGGGCCCAGGGUGAAAGUAGAGGAGGCAGGCCGCCAGGUGGACGCCAUGGUCCUGAGGAAGGCAGAGGAAGACGGAAAUCUUCUGGAAUGUAUUUCUACGUUGGCAGAAGCAGAGAACUGCCCCAAGGGAAAGAAGUCUGGGCUAGGUCUCCUCAGAGGCUGGACCGCUGAGGGCCACCAGGGUGGCCUCUUGGAGCUCGUGGCACUCCUGGCUGCGCAAGAUAUGGUGGAAUCCGUGAGAGAGGAAGAAGCCAGCAGGUGGGGCAGUGGUGGAAGUGGCCGGAAGUGUGAUCACAGCCAAGGUGGUUUAUCCGAGGUCCUGGCUUUCCUGGCCUCCCAGGAGAAUCUGGAAUCCAACGAGGAAUCGGAUGAGGAUUCAGACACAGAAUCAGAAGGAGAUUCCGAGGACACUGACAGCGAAGAGUCAGAACCUGGUGACAGCGUGUCCAAAAAGCCGCGCGCCAAGAGAGCGCGCACCGGCUCCAAAGGCCUUCCACCGGCCGGCGCCACCGCGGUCUCCACCGCGUCCCGGGCACGCAAAACCCGCAGGGGUGGCCGCGGUCGUGGCCGAGCUGUCACCCCAGAGAAGAAAGCAGGAAGUGGGGCUUCAACCGAGGACCAUGCGGGGAACAACAACAAGAAGAAGAAGGGAUCCGCAGGCGCCGGGGCCCGUGCCAGGGCUGGCGAGGCCAAGGGACAGCCAGCUGCUGUUCCCAAGUCUACCCGCGGAAAGAAAGCACGCAGGGGCCCAAGGCGGGCGCCCAAAUGCCGUUAGUGCUGCAGAUGUCACUACGAGCUCUGUGUGUGGACUUCCCUCCCCCUCCUUCCCUCCUAUUCUCUCUCCUCCUUGCAGCCCCCCUCUCGCUUAACCGUGUGCAUUUGCUUUGUGCUCUGCCGCGUCCCUGCCUGGCAAGGGUCGGUGCCCAGCUUUCCCUCUCAGUUCCAUGAACAGAUGGCAUGAGCGAUCAUUAUGGCUACAGCCUAGAUACGACAAGGAAAAAGAGACAAGACACUCAGAUGCAGUGGCCGGUGGGUGCGGAGGAGAAAUGGGCCUGACGACACCGAGGGGCUCUGCUCUACCUCUGGAGCCUCCCCCUGCCCCCCCCCCCCCCGUAUGAGUGCGUGUGGGUGCCUGGCACUCCUGCCUGCCCAUCCUUCCAGUCACCUGUUUCUGGCCGAGCAGCUGGAAUUUAUUGUGAGCCACCUUUGGCCCUGACUGGGCCUUAGGGAGAAGCAAGAGUGUUGGACACUAUGGGCAUUAGGGAAGCUUGGAAGGGUUAAGGGCCGUGUGUGUGUGUGUGUGUGUGUGCGUGCUCGCUUGCGUGUGUGUUUUGAGGGAAAGGUAUUCCAUAAAUGAAAGUCUGAAGGGGCUGGAAGCUGGAGGAGGAGGAAUAAAAAAUGGGAGGGGAGAAGGGGCGGGGCUGAGGGAGGAGGGAGAAAAGGGGAAGGGGAGGAGGAAGAGGGAUAGAAGGCUGAGAAGGCGUUUGCAUCAGUUCACCCUCCUGAGGCUCUACAGGUGGGAAACAGGGGAAGCCAAACCUACCCCAGCAACCCUUGUUCACAGGUUGUUCACCAGCCCUUGUUCACAGGUAAUACCCUGCCAAUAUGUUCUGAUUUGAAAAACUUACAUGAAAUCCAGAUUUCUGGUUUUCUGGGCAAGCCCUGCCCCUCCUACUGAGGCUCCCCAGCUGUCACUGGCCAGUCCUCAGCUGUUUGCCCUUGUAACUCUUGACUUCAUAUAACAAUGGAGUCCCUUGUUCACCCCCCCUCCCUUGUGUGCAGUAAAUACCCCAGAUCCCCUUAAAGGGUCAACUGUCCGUAUCGUAGGAAACAGUUGCUGUGCCCCACCCUGGCAUCAUCGGUCCCCCAGUAAGCCUGGCUGAUGCUGGCCACGCUCCAACCCUCAGCUGUCCCCCAGAACAGCCGCUUCAGCUGUGUGUUUUCCGGUAGUGCUCCGUGCCAGAAGCCCUAGCUGCCCAGUUCUAACGUGUUUUGAUGUGUAGAUCAUGCUUUGCCCUGCACAGCACUUUGCAUCCUCUUGUUCCCGUGUGCGUGUGUGUGUGUGUGUGUGUGUGUGUGUGCGCACGCGUGUAUGUUCAACUUUCUAUCCCCAGGAAGUGACCAGUUCGUGGUACCUGGAUCCUCUAGGAUGUAACAGAAGUUCUGACCAGCCUCAUACCCAGACUCCUUGGUGGGGACAUACAGAAACUGCAAAGGCCGUGGGUACCUCUUUGUAACCAGAGGGAGCCCCUCUCCUUGCUUCCCAGGACCAGCGAUGAUGAGGGGACAGAUGGAGAAGCAGACCAGUGGGGUCUGUGGGCUGGAGAGGAAACCCCUUCAUGUAGGCUGAUGGACAUGGGGUCUGGUGGCUGGGGAGGGCACCACAUGUCACUUCCCCUUGCAUAGUUAUAGGUACCUGUCCUUGUGUGCUGUGUGACCCCGGGGUCCUCAAAUGAAGCAAUGAAGCAUCUUA